AUGCUUGAGUUAGGCCAGAAGGCGAGGAUUGGUGGGCUUGUGGGCACUGUGAGAUUUAUAGGCGAGACGAGGUUUGCCAAAGGAGUAUGGUGCGGCGUUGAAUUGGACGAAAAAACGGGCAAAAACGAUGGUUCUGUCGAUGGGAUCCGGUAUUUCGAAACGCUCAAGAAAGAUGGGUUUUACGGUCUUUUUGGAAAGUUAGGGGCUGUUCACGCUGUUGAGAAUGAGAUACAUGGCCACAUGCUGCCAUUGGAUCAAAACUCUGGUGGAAAAAUGCAAAAACUGGUGGUAAAACUGCAGGACAAAUUGAAUGACAUUCACUCGAGAUACGGAAAGCUGGAACUGGAUUUGGAAGCAUGUAUUAUGGAUAAAGAAGCCCAGCGGCUAGAAAUCGAAGAGCUCUCAAUUGAGCUGGACUCGUUGAAACUCGAACACCAAGAUUUGGUGGCCCACGUUCAAGAACUUACAGAGGAAUUGGACCUAAGACGAAGUAUCGACCUGGAAGAGUGGAAAGAAAAUGUGUCUUCAGACGCCUUGUGGAAACGGAAUAAGCUAUUGCAGUCAACACUUUUCAAAGUCCAAAUUAGUUUGGACACUUUUCGGAACUUGAAUAAGGACCUUGAAAAGCAGAAUCAGGACCUUAGUGUGGAAAACAAGACAGUUAGAAAGACGUUAGAAGACGCAAACGAAGAGUUAGACGGUUUUCGUCGUCUACUUGAUAGUAUGGGCUCACAAUUGGAUUCUGAGGUGUCCUAUGAUCACAUAGUCGACAAACUUACACAAGAAAAUGCAGGCCUGCAUUCCCAGCUGGAAGAUUACACACUGGCCAUGGACGAACUUCGAGCUGAACGCGAAGUUGCCAACGACCUCGAGCACAUGUACCGCGAUCUAGAAGAGGAGCUCUCACAGCAAUUGCACUCACUACGCGAAAAGCUAGAAAACGCGCAGCAGAAAAUAAAUACGCUUGAAGCGCAAAACUCGCAGCUUAUGUUGCGCGAUCCAACUGCCAAGCGUCAUUUGGAAGAACUUACGGAUCAAAUUCAACAACUACACACGGAGCUGCAUUACAAGUCUUUAAACAAUCAGUUUCUGGUGGAAAGCUGGGGUGGUUCAGAUAAGAGACACCCUUUGGUUUUGUCCAGACAGUUAUCAUUUUUAUCAAAAAUGCUGGACGCGGGUUCGCCUGACAUUUCCUAUAAGACCGUACAGGCAUAUUUUCUGCUUCAGCUGGCUUCCCAGUCUUACAUAUCAGAGGCUCGGACCUCCAGGCAUGCGAAGCUAGAAAACUCCAUGGUUGAGCUCUAUACGCAGAGUCAAAUAGAGAAUUGGAAAGAGAGUCUCAUCAAAAGUGAAGUUCCAGAAGAGCUUGUGGAAUUGGGUAUGAAAUCAUUCUCUAAUCUGAAGAACUCAAGGGUCGACUUAGAUCCACUAGUUCUAUUUCAAACACUUCAGCGGACAUCGAGGGUGCUAACCAGUUCGCGUCGUGACCUUACGGAUGAACUCAAAUCAGCGUUGUCGCGCCUGCUUGUCUUGUGUGAUCAACGAUCAAAACCUGCUGCUGAAGGGAGCAUUGCACUAUUAGAAAGCAACGGAGUUUUCGCAACUGCCACCGAUUUUUUCGAAAAAGUCAUAUGUGCUUUGAAGAGUGAUAGUCUCCAGCAAAGCGAAGCUACAACGUUUCUCGAGGGCUUUCUAAACAAGCUGAGUGAGCUCAAAAUUGUCGUGCAGGCUGAUGCGCGCCACGACAAUGCUUCUGAACUGCAGAAUACAGAUGCCAGAAAUGCUAUAUUAAAAUCCAAGAAGCUUGAGCUCGAGGUAAAGGAAUUAAGGAAAAUGGUGUCGGUCAAGACCGACAAUAUCGAGGAACUGAAAUUGAAACUCAAAGUCUUUGAAAACAAACUACAGCGACAGAUCGAGCAGGAGAACAUCGUUUCAGAUCUCCAAAACAAUUUGUCAAGUUUGCAGUUUUCUCGCGAGGAACUACAGUCAUCUGUUCGUUCUUUGAAGGAUAGUAACACCGAAUUAAAAGAGGCUCUGGAGGACGAACGCAUAAGACGAAGAUUUUUAUUUCCUAACAAGCAGCUUGUUAAUCUGACCAAGGAGACCGAUGGAAUGGAUCGUUUAGGUCUCGCCUGUAAGAUCAAUGAUUUGCAAGUGACAAUUUCAAGUAUGCAGCAUGCUUACGAGGGCCUGGACGAGAACUUUUGGUUGAUGGAACCCUUGAGCUCCAAUCACUCGUUUGCAAAUGCCAAGUUUUUUAACGAUCUGGAGAAAAGUCGGAACAUGUUCUCAGAAUUUGUGCGCGAGGCUGACAUCAUGCCGAUCCGCUUAGAGUAUCCCUCGAAAGGUAGCUCGCUAGGUUUUUAUUGUAGACAGCUUGACGAGAAAAAGGCUCGUCUGGUAGAUCAGCUGCAUGACUUGACUAGCUAA